AUGGAAAAAUCGAGAGGGAAGAAGAAUGCGUCGAAUGAGAAGGAGCGCAAGUCGGAGCAGAAGGAGAGUGCGCCGGAUCAUGCGAGAAGUACGCCGGAGCGGGGAAAGAAUAAGUUGGAGCAGGAGGAGGACACGUCGGAACAAGACAGUAAAACACGGGCUCAAAAUGAGAGAAAACCGGAGCAAAAGGAA